GUUCAGGGGCAGGACACAACGAUGGGUCUCCCGCCAGAAAUUAUCGACACUUUUCGUCCGAAUGUGAAGCAUUUAGUAAUGAUUAACAACAAUUAAGCAAUCUGUUAUCAUCAUAUGAUUUGCAUAAACAAUUUGCAUGCAAAAAAUGGAACACUUGCGGCUUAAAAAGUGCAUAAAAUAUCGUAUAACGAGCUCGCACCUUGCAAUCUGUAGGCUAGAUGACGUCAGCACUCACGUGACUGGGUGGGCAGUAUUCCUAAUUGAUGCCCGCCAUUUUGACGAAGAGUGACACUGUCUGCAAGCAAGAGAGUGGGAUGCCUGUAUGAAGAGCCAUGUCUGUUGUACAGCCCGGACUGGUGCCGGCCUUCACCGACGUUCAGGUUCUUGGUACGAUUGUAUCUUCCGCUCCCUCAGAUGUCAACACACCCACUGUUUUAACAAAAGAGGGGGAUCUCAACUCUGAAGAGGAGAAGAGAGCAAUUUAUGGACAUCCGUUGUUCCCUUUGAUGGCCUUGCUGUUUGAGAAAUGUGAGCAAGCGUCGCAGACAUCUGACUGUCCUAGUUCAGACAGCUUCGAUGUCGAUAUUCAAGCCUUUGUGCACCAUCAGGAAAAGGAUCGCAAACCCUUCUUCAGCGAAGAUCCUGAAUUGGACGCUCUGAUGGUGAAGGCGAUACAGGUAUUAAGGAUACAUCUGCUAGAACUGGAGAAAGUGACUGAAUUGUGUAAAGACUUCUGUAAUCGAUACAUUGCGUGCUUAAAAGGCAAACUUCAAAGUGAACAGUUGCUGCGCAUAGACUCGGAUUUUGACGAUCCUCCACCCGAGGAGUUGUCUCCCCUUGGCCAAGGUCAGAUGCCUAUGCAACAGGUCCUGCCUUCCGGGGUCGUAAAUUCUGCAAAUAAUUUGACAAUGUUACAACCUGGCAUGGCACAACCUGCCAUGGCGACCUUGAAUCAAGGUCAAAUAGUGUCUGGUGGGACAGUUUAUCAGAUGGUACAAACACCGCAAGGACUUGUAGCCCAGCCUAUACAGAUUCAUACAGCACCGGUACAACCCCAAAUCACGGCCACACCAGUCAUCCAUGGCAGCACACCACUGUCACAGAUAGGACUGGUCAGUUCACCGGUCACUCACGCCCAGACAGUUUCUUCACAGGCUUCGUCAAUGCAGGCAACAUUACUAAGUGAUUCUGAUGGGGAUGAUAUUCUGGGAAAAAAGAAAAAUAAACGUGGAGUUUUACCAAAAUCCGCUACACAGAUCAUGAAAUCCUGGCUUUUUCAACACAUAGUGCAUCCGUACCCAACAGAAGAUGAGAAAAGACAGAUAGCUGCCCAGACAAACCUGACCCUGCUACAAGUUAAUAACUGGUUCAUAAAUGCAAGAAGAAGAAUUUUACAACCUAUGUUAGAUGCCAGUAAUCCUGAACAGGGGAAAGCCAAAAAACCAAAGACCCAACAUCGACCAGUCCAGCAACGAUUCUGGCCCGACAGUAUUGCAAACAUCCAGCCGCAGUUCCCUGGUGGGUCAUCCGAGGCCAAAGAAAGUUCAGAAAACCAAAUUAUCUUUAAUGAAUCAUUAUCAAGCGAAGGUGGGAUAUUAAGUUCUGAAAAUAUCGCCAACCUCCAUGACAACGGUGAAUCAGGUCAGAAUGAACAGGACUCGCGAUCCUCGCUUAAAAUAGACAGUGACGCUGAUGAUGAAAAUUCUGACGAUAAUCGAGAAGAAGAUGACAAAUUAUUAGAAAGUGAUUCGUCAUCUCUUGGAUAGUGCAUCAAGGAUCGUCAUUGUGAUAAGCUGUGAUUCUAUACGGAAGUUGAAAACUGGAUUACGGACGGACAACAUUGGGAUUGUUGUCAUUUUAGAAAGAUUUUAGUUUUAUGCAUCUUUGACUCAUUUCUCCCUACAAAUUUUUUACUUCAGGUUAUAUUCAUAUUUAGGAUGUUUUGUAGUUAAUUUGGAAUGGGACCUUUGGUCUGCUUUCAUGGAAGAACUAUAAAAAUUUGGAAGGAAAUUUUCAGGAGUAAAUUAGAAAUUUUAAGAAUUAUGCAUAAAUAAGAAAUAUUGUCAGUUGGGAAUGGGGCUCAUUAUAAGCCCCAAAAAGUCCCCAGAAAAAUUCCUGUCAUAAAGACCAAGGUACAUUACUUUAUUACUUAAAACAACACUUCGCAACACUGUUUAUCACUUUAUUUUUGUGUGAAAGUUAUAUCACUAACCUUGCCUGUAAGUUUUCUUAGCAAUUAUUAAAAAAAUUGAGAAAUGGA